AUGCAGAAAGAGAAAGAAGACAGCGGAGGAGAAAUGAAGCAGUCUUCCAGAUUGCCAGAAGAGAUGGUCGUACAAUUCUUGUCGAGAUUGCCUGCUAAAGCAUUGAUGCGAUUCAAAUGCAUUCGUAAGUCGUGGUCUAAUCUAAUAAAUAGUCCAGUUUUCGUGGCCCAGAAUCUUUCUCAUUCCACGAACAACAAAUUCUCAUCUUCCACUUGCAUCCUCUCCAAGCAUACUUUCCUCAAGGACAGUAACGUCACAGAAAAGAAUGAAAUUGCUGAUAUCCUUAUGAAUGCAAAUGAAAAGAAGCAAAUCAAUCUGUCGUUGCUUAAACUUCGCUACGAUCAUAAUGAUGAUGAUCAAGAGCCUUUCUCUGUUAUUGAGGACGACUUUAUUGUUCCGUCACCUCUUUCUAGAUAUUCGUUCGCUUUAAAAAUAGCAGGUCACUGUGAUGGGAUUAUUUGUCUUCUUAACGUUGACGAUAUUGCUUUAUGCAACCCUUCAAUCAAGGAAUACAUUGAUCUUCCAAAGUCUUGUCUUCUUCUCCCUCCCAAAAGGGAAGAAGAUUAUGAAGAUGAAGAUGAGUUUUGGGAUGCAUUAGAAACUGAAACGAAUGCUGUGGGAUUUGGCUAUGAUUCCAAAGCUAAUACAUACAAGGUUGUUAGAGUUGUCCAGGUUACUUCGGGCUAUGUUUUUACGUCACAUCCUUCAAGAGUAGAGGUGUACAACUUAGGUGCAACUUGUUGGAGAGAGAUCAAUGCAGAUGUACUGGAAAGUCAUGUCUUUUGGUCUCCUUCUUGCGAUAUGUACUUCAAGGGGGUUUAUUAUUGGGACGCGCAUAGUUAUCUUACUCCUGGAGAGUUGAAGUUCGUCAUACUUGCAUUUGAUAUGAGUAAUGAGCUAUUUUAUUUGAUAUACCAUCCAGAGGCUGGACGUGAUCCUAUCAAGAACCUUGCUGUGUGGAAAGACUCCAUUGCUCUUAUCUCCCAUGAAAGAGAUGCUCCUACAUACUUCGAUUUAUGGCUAUAUGAAGACUCUAAUUGCUUUAAAGGUUCGUGGACAAAAUACUUCACUUUUGGACCUGUAGAAGUGGAGAAUCCUCUAGUAUUUUGGAACAGUAACGAGAUUCUUAUGGUGACUACUGAAAGCAGACGUAUAAUUUCUUAUAACCUUGAUAGCCAAACGGUCAAGUAUCUCCCAAUUCAUGGAGUUGAAGAGCCUAGUUAUAUUUAUGCUAUUACGUAUGUAAAUAGCAUUAUUUCAUUGAAAUGA